UAUUCACGCCACCUUCAAAAAGCAUCAAUAUCUAUAUAAUGACAAAAAAAUUACUCAUAUGGCAUACGUAAUAUUUCGUAAUAUGCCGCAUUGCAUGCCUACGUUUUGCCCAGCCGGCAGCCAGGCGAGAUGUCGUAACAUCUGUAAAGCGGUAAUAAGGUAGAUUAGGGGGUGGGGUGGGGGUGGGAAAGGGGGUCAAUAUGGGGUAAUUGCUGACGGAUAAGCGUCACUUCGCCAUCACCUCUCAACCCAGUCGGACGUCGAAGCCUCAUCUCCAAGAAUGGAGCAAGCUAACAAACGUUUCAUCUUGAGAACUGCGGAACGCAUCUCUUUCCGCUUUGAUAUCUAUCUGGGCGAUGCUGGGGGUAAGCGAAGCCGUGCUGACCAUGAGGAUGUCAAUGUGGAGAAAAUGUCAGAACCUGCAAAGAAGAAAUUGAUCUUUAGUGAUGACGACAUGUCGCCACUGCCGGCCAGCCCACCUCCUGACGCUCCAUCAGGACAGGAGUCGCAACAGCAGCAGCCGACAUCGCAGUCGAUUCCGCCACCUCAGGAGUCGCUGAUGCCACCUCCGACCGAAGCACAGCCGCAACGGUCAGAUGAGUCGACAGUAGGCGGCAAAGAGGGUCAGGAGGUGAAGAAGAAGUCGCAGGAAAACAGAAAAAAAAAGAAUAUUCCCCCUAACACGCCAGAGGACGACAGCACACCAAAACUCCCCGUUGCUCCAGCCGCCCCUCGUAAGAAGCUGGUUCCUAGAGUUAUUAAAACUACGCCCGUCAUUGACAGCGAUGACGAUGAUCUCUUCGCCUUCAAUUCGGAAAUGUUUUGAAUGAAAGAGAUGUAUUUGCCCUAAUAAGCAAUGAGCUGUAUUUGUCCUAAUAAAAAUAAAAUGUUCCAUCGACUCUGCAUAACCUUUCUAAUAAUAAUAAUAAUAAUAAUAAUAAUAAUAAUAAUAAUAAUAAGGUGACCAUCCGGCAUAAGUAUUACGUCAGCCACGCCGCUGGCGGUCGGUGAAAGUGGAAGAGGCCGCCACUCCGCCCUGGCCGUCACAGACGCUUCCUCCAGGUAAAAACGAUGGACAGGUAACGGAACUUCGUGAGGCUGUCGCGACGACCUUGACCAUAGGGGAUGUAUUGAGAUGUCGGAGGGAACGCGUGAUGGCAAGUCUUGCCACCCAGACUGUCCAGGAUCCGCGCGGGCAACUAGCGCGUGACGCCCACGUGGCGGCCCAUUCUAAGCCCUUAACUUCCCGUUCCCGCCCAAAAAAAAAAAA